UUUGAAAUAUAUAUAUUUGAUUAUAUACAUUUUGUAAAUAUCUAGCAAGCACGCUCAGUAGAUGUUACUUUUUGUGUAUUGUGCGUUGUCUAUUUAAAAGACGUUAAAAUUACUUGUCUUGCUAUUCAACAACAAACUGUUCUUUAAAAGAGAGUUCGCAUUGUCCCUCGAGUCAACGGAGUAUUAAGGUUUUUUAAAGACCGGGGGAAUGUUGUCAUUGUAAAAGAACACAAAUGAAGAGAAAUUAGACGUUUAUUUUGUUUGGUGACGCGGCGAGAAAAUUCCCAGGAGGUCAUAAAUACGGGAAACGCAGUACUUGUGAAAUUUGGAUACACUUCUUUUAAUAUGAUUUUCAACGAGAUCAACAUGACUGCAGAUUAUGUGAUAUAAUUCAGAAGGAAGUGCAUACUUGUUAUAUUUUCCGUGGAAUUUUAAAUAUCACCUGUUCAGUGUGUUUCGUAACCGUUAACAAGCAUGGCGACUGGAGCACGGACCGUGUUUCUUAAGAGACUCCAUGACAUGGAGAAGCAACAAACCCAAAGGAAGAAAAGAAAUUACUUGUCUAGACUGUCUUUUCUCUCAAAAUCGUCAAGCGACACUAUAAAAGAUCAUGACAACUCCGCAAGAGCUAGUGAAGGGUAUCCUAAUAUAGGAUACGAUGAAAGCAGCGAUGAUGAAAAUUUCGAGGAGGCAGUGGAAGAAAAUGAUGUCACAUUAAAUUUAGACGAUGACGAGAGGGAAUCUGCAAGACGGAAGGCCGAGCAGUGGCUCAAGGAGUGUGAGGAGGCAGACGAUGAUUCCCAAGAAUCGUCUGCUCCGACUCCCGCCAGUGUCCGCCGCACCAGAAAACGUAGUGAUGGUUUAGAAACUAAUGGGAAGAAAUAUCUCAGAACUGAACCCGGACUUGCACGAAAGCUUAAUCCCACACAACCCCAUGGGGCAAGAAAAAUAUCUUGGAUGAAUAUAUUCAAAAGAAUUCAGUCCAAGAAGGUGGCAUUUAGACUAAGUUCUUUUUUAAAUAAUGAUGCAGAAAUGAGUUUUUCUAGUCCAAAGUCUCAUGACGUCCAUCAUCAACACGAUCCUUUCAAGAAGAAACCGUCUCUAAGACGAAAGAAAACUAAGAAACUGAAAAACAUGACCAAAGAGGAGAGACGCAUAUAUUUUAAGCAACGUGCAAACACUAGGCUCCGCUUAAAGGCUCAAAAUAUGAUCGGAGCCACCGGAAGUCGCCACCUGUCCCAGCGCCGCCGCGCCUCAAUAGCAACGCCUGCCGCCUCACCGUCCAUGUUUUCACACCUGGAGCAGGUUAACGAGGAGGAUGAAAACAAACCCCGGCUUCCGCCCACACGGCGGCGUGCGGUGGACACGUCGGACUACCGAACAUGUGCCAUACUGCAAACAAGACUCAAAACAGUGAGGAACUACCCCGAAAUGGCGAACUUUUCUGUGGAAGGCCAGGACGGGGGAGAAUAUUGGGGGCCAUCCGAUGGAUCGCUCCGCCAUUUUGCCAAAAAGGCAGCCGACAUCAGUCUUCCUGGAACAGGGGGCUCCUCCUCCCGGUCAUUGUUCAUCUUUAGUGAAGAGAAUUUCAUUCGAAAGUAUGCAAAGAUAAUCAUCGAAUGGGGGCCUUUUGAAUACAUGGUACUACUAACUAUAAUUGCCAACUGCAUAGUGCUGGCUUUGGAGGAACACCUUCCCAAAGAUGAUAAAACGCCACUAGCUGUUCAACUCGAGGAAACAGAAAUCUACUUUGUAGUUAUCUUCUUGGUAGAAGCUUUACUGAAAAUAGUAGCUUUAGGAUUUGUUUUACAUAAAGGAGCAUAUCUAAGAAAUAUUUGGAACAUAAUGGAUUUUGUAGUCGUUGUGACGGGGAUUAUCACGAUGGCUGCCACUAGUCAACUAGAUUUACGAACAUUGAGAGCAGUCCGAGUGUUACGUCCCCUUAAAUUAGUCUCGGGGAUACCAAGUCUUCAAGUAGUGUUGAAAUCUAUCAUACGAGCAAUGACUCCACUUUUACAAGUGUGCUUGCUGGUGCUCUUUGCUAUCAUUAUAUUUGCUAUUGUUGGAUUAGAAUUCUACAGUGGUGCUUUCAAAACUGCCUGCUUUAAACUGGGGACAGAAGGAAAUAAUGAAGAUGACAUUUACAUUGGAGAUGAAGCCAACAUCAGACCGUGUUGGGAUAAAACCCAAAAUGCAGCGUACUUUGAUGCGUUUAAGUGUCAGGAAAAUAUUUCAGAGUGUCGUGUUCGGUGGGUGGGACCUAAUUAUGGAAUUACAAGUUUUGACAAUAUUGCGUACGCGAUGCUUACUGUGUUUCAGUGUGUUACCAUGGAAGGAUGGACGGAAGUAUUAUACUAUACUAAUGAUGCAAUAGGACCAUACAUCAACUGGCUUUAUUUUUAUCCAUUGAUCAUCCUCGGCUCAUUUUUUAUGCUCAACUUAGUCUUAGGUGUACUUAGUGGAGAAUUUGCCAAAGAGAGAUUAAGAGUAGAAAACAGAAGAUCUUACAUCAAACUCCGACGACAACAACAAAUUGAAAUGGAAUUGAGUGGGUAUUUGGAGUGGAUCUGCAAAGCAGAGGAAGUGAUUUUGAAUGAAGGAAGAACAACAGAUGAAGAUAAAUUAAGAAUAAUGGAAGCACGGAAAAGAGCUGCGACAAAAAUGAAGAAGAUAGGAAAAGAACCAAGCGAUGAAAACAAUGAAGAUAAUGAUGAUGAUUUAUUAUCAGAUAUAAAUAUAGGUUCAUAUUCAUUAGGUAGAUCAACUUUACAAAACAGAAAUAUGACAGGCAGGUGUGCUGCAUUUUGGAAAGCAGAAAAACACUUCAGGUUUUCUUUAAGACGUUUAGUCAAAAGUCAGCCAUUUUAUUGGACAGUGAUUGUACUGGUUUUUCUGAACACAUUGUGCACAGCAUCAGAACAUUAUGGACAAGCUGAGUGGCAUGAACAGUUUUUAUAUUACACAGAAUUUGUUUUCUUAGCUUUAUUUAUAUUUGAAAUGUUAAUAAAGAUGUAUGGAUUAGGAGUUCGAAUCUACUUCCAGUCAUCCUUCAAUAUAUUUGAUUGUGGAGUGAUCAUAGUUAGCAUUAUAGAAGUGAUAUGGUCCUAUUACAAAGAUGGAGCUUCAUUUGGUAUCAGCACUCUUAGAGCCCUGCGAUUACUGAGGGUCUUCAAAGUUACCAGAUACUGGUCCUCCUUGCGUAACCUGGUGGUGUCCCUGUUGAGCAGUAUGAGGUCCAUUGUCAGUCUGUUGUUUCUUCUCUUCCUCUUCAUACUUAUUUUUGCUUUGCUGGGGAUGCAGCUCUUUGGGGGAGAAAUGAAUUUUGAUGAUGGAAGACCACCUGCACAUUUUGACACAUUUCCAAUAGCCUUGCUGACAGUAUUCCAAAUUCUGACUGGAGCUGACUGGAAUGAGGUGAUGUACAAUGGGAUCAGGGCUCAUGGGAUUGAGGAGGGGGACAAGACAGGGAUGUUCUACUCCAUCUACUUCAUCAUCCUGGUGGUGUUCGGAAACUACACUCUACUGAAUGUAUUUCUGGCUAUUGCUGUGGACAACUUGACCAAUGCACAGGAAAUGACUGCUGCUGAGGAGGAAGAGGAAGAAGGUCGUAAAGAGCAUUUAGAAGAAGUGAAACAAGACGUCCACAACCAAUUCACAGACCAUUCCCAGAGAAGCAAACAAGAAAAGGAAACUUUGGAGGAGGGUUCAGGAGGUCUGCAGGUUACAGUAAAUAUCUGCCCUCCCUCACCGGCCAACAAUGAGGAAAAUCCCAAAAUCAGCAACUUCAAUUACAAAGACAGCAACCACCAAAAUGAUGUGAAAAAUAACAAAAACACCUCAAACUCUGUGGCAAAGAAAAGCAACUUUUCACAAAACGAAUUUGAUAAUGAUGGCUUGGACACAGAGAAGAAUGACUUGGUCAACAAUAAUAAACCAAGAGAUAGUAACAACAGUGAGGAACCACCUCCCAAGCCCCCCAAAAAAGAGGAGGAGGGAGCCUUUGGAGGGCCCCGGCCUAUGUUACCCUACAGCUCCAUGUUCAUAUUUGGACCUAUGAAUCCAAUACGGCGUUUCUGUCAUUUUGUGGUGAAUCUGCGCUACUUUGACCUCUUCAUCAUGAUUGUGAUCUGUGCCAGUAGCUUUGCCCUGGCCACGGAGGAGCCCGUCAAUGAGCAGGCCUUUAGAAACAUUAUCCUGAAUUACUUUGAUUAUGUCUUCACGGUGGUAUUCACAGUGGAGAUGAUACUAAAGGUGAUAGAUUUAGGCGUGUUCCUUCAUCCCGGCUCUUACUGUAGAAACCUGUGGAACAUCCUGGAUGCCACUGUUGUGAUCUGUGCCUUAGUGGCUUUCUUCUUUGAUAAUUCAAAUGUCCUUAGAGAUACCGCUGGCAAGAACUUGAACACUAUUAAGUCCAUGCGAGUCCUUAGAGUGCUGCGCCCACUGAAAACAAUUAACCGAGUUCCUAAACUAAAGGCUGUGUUUGACUGUGUGGUGAACUCCCUGAAAAAUGUAGCCAACAUUCUGAUUGUGUACAUGUUAUUUCAACUCAUCUUUGCUGUGAUAGCAGUCCAGCUGUUUAAAGGGAAAUUUUUCUACUGCACUGACGAAUCAAAAAGCACAGAGGAGGAAUGUAGGGGCCAGUUCUUUUCUUACGAAGAAUUUGAGGAUACACCAUCAGUCAAGAAUCGAGAAUGGUUGCGGCACGAUUUUCACUAUGACAACCUGUUUGAAGCAAUGCUGACUUUGUUUACUGUCACCACCGGUGAAGGCUGGCCUAACAUCCUCCAGAACUCCAUGGACUCUACAUAUGAAGACCAGGGCCCAAAGCCUGGAAACAGAAUGGAAAUGGCGAUAUUUUACGUGGUCUUCUUCAUUGUUUUCCCAUUCUUCUUUGUUAAUAUCUUUGUUGCCUUAAUUAUCAUCACAUUUCAAGACCAAGGAGAAGCUGAGCUGGAGGAUGCACAGCUAGAUAAAAAUCAAUUAUCAGCUAUUGACAAACAAUGUAUAGACUUUGCUAUAAAUGCUCGACCCACCAGUAGAUAUAUGCCGAAAAACAAGAAGACGAUAAAAUAUAAAAUCUGGAAGCUCGUCGUGUCCACCAAGUUUGAGUAUUUUGUCAUGACGUUGAUUGCCUUAAACACUAUUGUACUCAUGAUGAAGUUCAGCAACAAAUCUAUUGGGGAUAUGGGACAGGGCCAUGGCCAAGGCCAAGAAUUCCAAAAUAAUCAAGAACAGCCUAAAUACGAACGAGUUUUGAUUUCAAUAAAUAUAAUAUUCACCAUCCUCUUCACUAUCGAGUGUGUAUUGAAGCUACUCGCGUUCGGAAUCAAGAAUUACUUCCAUGACCCUUGGAAUGUUUUUGACUUCAUAACUGUGGUUGGCAGUAUCAUUGAUGUUUUAGUCAAUGAGUUUGGGGAAUUAUUAUCUUCAAAAGAGGAUGGGGAGAAGUCCUACUCCAUAUUUAAUGUGGGCGUGUUCCGACUGUUCAGGGCUGCCAGGCUGAUAAAGUUACUUAGACAGGGCUACACCAUUCGACUGCUUCUGUGGACAUUUCUACAGUCUUUCAAGGCCCUGCCGUAUGUGUGUCUACUGAUUCUCAUGCUGUUCUUCAUAUAUGCUAUCAUAGGGAUGCAGGUGUUUGGGAACAUUAAACUAGAUUCUCAAACAGAAAUCAACAGGCAUAACAACUUCAGAAAUUUUUUAUAUGCACUCAUGCUGUUGUUUAGAUGUGCAACAGGAGAAAAUUGGCAGGCAAUAAUGAUGGCCUGCCUCUCGGAGCAACCUUGUGACCCCGAGUCCCGCAUUAAGCCACCUAAAACCUGUGGGAGCUCAGCUAUUGCCUAUGUCUAUUUUGUGUCCUUCAUGUUCCUCAGUUCAUUUCUUAUGUUGAACUUGUUUGUGGCUGUCAUCAUGGAUAAUUUUGAUUAUCUGACCAGAGAUAGCUCCAUCUUAGGUCCACAUCAUCUAGACGAGUAUGUACGGGAGUGGGCAGAAAUUGACCCAGGAGCCACAGGAAGAAUAAAUUACCAAGAUAUGUAUGAGAUGUUGAAGAACAUUGAACCUCCUGUGGGCUUUGGUAAAAAGUGUCCGACCAAGUUUGCAUACCGGAAGUUGAUUAGGAUGAAUAUGCCAGUUGCGAGUGACAACACUGUCCAUUUCACCACGACCUUGAUUGCUCUGAUUAGAGAAUCACUUAGUAUCAAGAUGGGACCAGUGGAAGAAAUGGACAAGCUCGAUGAUGAAUUGAGAGAACUCGUUCGUAAAAUGUGGCCAGUGCAAGCUCGCAAGAAGAAACUUGUCAACCUUUUGGUCCCACCAAAUGGGGAAUUAAAUGAUAAUCACAUGACAGUAGGCAAAAUAUAUGUUGGUUUGAUAAUUGCCGAAAAUUGGAGAGCAUACAAAGCAAGUCAGUCCAAAAUGAACAAUCUUAAAAUGGUUGAAGAUAAAGAGGAGAGACCUCCCUCCUUCUUCAAGCGAAUGCUGGGUGUGGUAAAAACUCCCUCCAGAAGAUCAGAAACCAGCCUGAAUCACGACUCGGAGCACUCAGAUGAUGGCGGAUAUGAUGGUGAUAGACACUCCUGGAAUCGAUCAUUCAGCUUUUUAAGAAGAAACAGUAGUAAGAGAAAGAAAGAUAACCAGGAUGCAACAAGUGUGCAGGGAGAACACAGACAAGAUGGACCAUGGUACAUCAACUCAAGUUUUACAAUGAAUGACGAAGAUGAUGCAAUAUCGUCCAUUUCUUCACCUGUUAAUCUUAAACGUAGGGUACAUUUCAUAGGGCCAAACUACCAACCCAUGGAGUCACUAGGACAGGACUUUUCUUCAGGACUCAAACCCGAGCAUGCAGCUGGACACACCAACAUGACUCGGGCAGGGUCCGACUUUUCUUUGCGUUCGGGUAACAAGACUCCUUCCCUUCCAACAACACCUAUAUCCCCACGUUCCCCAAUCAUGCCCAGGGCUUUCCACUCGCCCACUUCCUCCCCACUAGUGGGACGGCGAUCUAUGUCACCCCGACGUGGUGGCGGAGAUUAUGGAUUUGCCUCAGCUGUCACCAACAUUGUGGAUCAGGCUCACUACAUAUCAGAGCAAGAAAGGCUCAAGAGAUAUGGAAUAGGAAUGCGUCACGACGACAGUCUGAGUAUGAGCUUGCCCAACUCCCCCUCCCAGCGUCUCCACAGUUUGAUUCGACGACCCCCUCUCAUCUCACAGGAGAAGGUCAUGUGUUCCCCCUCACCUAGUCCCCAACCCCUAAGACAUGCUAACCGGGACAGCACAUUUUAUAGAUCCACCUCUUUGGAAACGAGAUCAAGGAGUCCCUCUCCUAACACAACCCCAUCACAGACCCCCAUGCAGGAGUAUUAUGGCACAGCCAACCUAACAGACCGAUCACGCAGUCCCAGCCCUGCUUCCACACCACCUAAAAAGCAGACAAGGAAACUUCCAAAUGUGCCACUCGUCAAGCCUUCAACUCUUAAUCUUGCUCAACCAAAACUGAAAGAGAAUAUGCCUAGAGUGUUGCCUUCCCCUACAGUUCCUAAAUCGGUGAAAUCUCCUGGAAAUAUCAACUUUCCAAGACUAAAUCAAUCGCCCACACGCAAGCCCAAAAGUAAAAACAUUCCUCCACCCAUCUCCCAUUACCCCCCACCCCCAGGAAAAUUUGGGAGGCCAGAGCCCUACAGCCCUACAGAGAGGAACAAUCUCAACAAAGUGAGUGCCCCCUCCUCCAGCCAGUCAAAGACUCUGCCCCAGGUGGGCCGACGGUCCAACAAUGGUGACCAAUGGAAUCGGAACCGAUCCAACUUCAACAAAGUUAGAUCCAGCAGUCACUCCCCAGACAUUAAUAAAAGCUCUAGUGAAAGAACUAAAUUUCUGGCCAGUGAGUUUGAAGAGCCCAGUUCGAACAGAGGCAGGCAGAGACCUUCUCCAACAGUGCCUAAUGGGAUUAAAGCUCGCAAAAAGAAACCAGAAAAAUUAGAAAUGCGAAGUGAUAGCAACAUUCCAUUAAACAAUGACUCUGAUGAAUCAGAGUCCGACUGGUGUUGAUUAUGGUGUUAAGAUAUUGUUACUUCACAAAGACAAUCUGGUGAUUUUUUUCUUUUGCUGUCAUCCUGAAUAUUUAUUAAUAUACAUGUAUAUGUGUGUAUAAUAUUGAAUUGUACAGUCAUCAUUUAUUUGAUAUUUGUAUGCUUUUGCUAUGACUGUUCCAAGCAUGAGAGCGUGUAGUUGCGUGAAGUUUUUUUAUAUGUAAAUAUAACUCUGUUGAGACAGAAACUAAUACAUACUUAGAGAUUUGUAUUUACGAAGUAGAUAGACCACAUUUUCAUACUUUUUUUCAGUAUUCGAAUCACAGUAGUUUGAUUGCUUGUAACAUGCAUACUACGUGUACAAUUUUUUAAAAAAGGAACUGCAACUGAAUUUUGUGGUUAAGGAUAUCCAAGUGCAUGAGUCUUUCAUUUUGUGUCAUGAUGUGCUUUUUGUACUUUUUUCUGUAACAUAUUACUUGUAGUCAAUCAGAGCGUGGCACCCCAUCUCCCACCCUUUCUCCUCUGUUUGCAGAGUGAAAAGGAGGCUGGCAAUGAGACAUGUGAAUUUUUCUUGUAUGACUUAUUCUAGUCAGUUAACACACGCUUGUACAACUUGUGAGUUUUCACGUUUCAUUGAUUCAUUGGCGUCGUUUUUUUUCUCAUAGGUGAGCAAGUUUUCUUUCAAACUGUUGAAAAGUAUAGAUUUACCAAACACGAUCUGAAAUAUAUUAUACAUUGUACGGGUAUGAGAGAUUUUACUUUCAAGUAUUCAUUAUGCACUCGAAGGCAAGAUUGCCAUUUGAGUGUUUGUAUAUAUCACCAUUUACUAGGAUAAGAGGGUGUACUUGAUUUACAUAUACAUGUAUAAAAGACUGACAUUUAGGUGUACUUGAUUUGUUUCGAAGAAUAUAUUGUGAUAUUUGAGUGGAUUUGAUGAGAUUAUAAUAAUUUAUUGUGAUAUUCUUCUUUGAUGGAAGUUUUUUUUAAUUGUUAUUCCAUCAACAAUACGAAGUCCCAAAUGUGUUUUUCUUUUUCUCUGACAUGUUACUGCACUAUUAAGGAACUUCAAGUAGCCGAAUUAUUGCGCAACAACAGUUUUAUUUUACUUAAGUGAUUGAAUACUAAAUAAUACACAUACAUGUAUAGAACAAAGAUUUACAAAUUAAAAAUUUUAUUACAUAUUGUAUGUUAGCUCCAGAUAUGGUAUAGAGAAACAUAAAAUGUAAAUCUAUCGUUCCAAUGAUGUGUACUGUCACAAUUAAAAUGUCUCCUAUUCACAAAAUCAAAACAAUUGAACACAUCACUGAAUAUUCGAUACAAUCCCAGAUAUCUUCGAAGCCUGCUCCGUCGUAGUGCAUGUAGAACAUUUAGUUGAUAGUGCCAUUGACCAUUUUGCAUUAGUGAAAAUAAUGAGAAAAAUCUUGAUGAUUUACUAAAAUAAAAACAUUUGUUGAAAUGCUGUGGGCGAUCUUGCCAACUACAAUGUGAAUUAUUUCCCUUUGACAGUUCUCAAUCUCACAAAAAAUGCCUUUUGUUAUUAAAUUGUGGAGAAUGUGAUAGGUAUGAUGCACAUUGAUUCUUAUGAUAGUAUUGACAGUCUUUUUUUUCUCUCCUUCUUUUAUAUGUUGCAAAAUCAAACUUGACAUUUACUCAAUUUCUGUUAAAUAUUAGAUGAAGUACUAACUUUUGAAAAUUUUUAACGCUUCAGAUUAUUUCAAUAUACAUGUAUGUCAAUAAUAAAGUUUAUUGAUAAUAAAACAUGUGAAAAAAAACAAA